GCAUAUCUCGGUUAGAAAACGACUGCGGUUUCCAUGGAGAUAGUGAGGGGAAAGAAGGAGCUUCAGGAGGGAAGUGGCAAGGUAGCUAGAUGUGAAGAAAUAGGCGAAAGGCAGGGAAGAAUGAGAAAGAAGACAGGCGAGAGAAUGGUGAAGGUCCCCGCAAGUUUGUAUGAUGGAAGGUUUGGGAAAGGAAAGUUCCUUUUGCAGUUCUAGACCCUUCCAGUGGUUCGAUCACGCAGAUAAUGAAGCCCCCUCCGGAUGGAAACUCACCGAUUGCUUUUCUUCCUUUGAACACACCGCCCCUCUUUCAGAGAAACCGAAAGAUUACAUGGAAAGCAGAAAGCCUGUGUUGGAGCUGAAGGAUGUUCCACCCCCUCCCCCACCUCUUGCAGUCUCCAAACCCUUUCCCCUCGCCCCCCUGCCCAACCCUCCUUCCUGCCUGCAGUCACAGCAGCCAGACCCCUUGCAGCAGCAGCAGCAGCCGCCGCCGGGCAGCACCAAAGUAAGAGUGUGCGCUCACUGUGAGGGGAGCCUGCAGGUCCACCACGGCACCGACGUUCAGCACAACAGGGCCCAGGGUUUUGGUGUCGGUGGUGGUGUUUCUGUGCACUUGUCCAAGCCCCUCGACGUUCCCAGCAGCAGCAGCAGGCUCUCCUGCCAGGCGGGCUCCGCCCUGCACCCCCCGUUCCCCGGUGUGGGCGUCGCGUGCGCCCAGGACCGCGGCUUGGGGGACUGCGACGGGCGGCUGCCCUCAGUGGCCACCUCCCAGCCCCUCCCCUCCCACCAGCACCUGCCCUGCUGCACUGGGCUGCUCAGGCCCCCGCAGUCCUUCCCUCCGCUCGCUGCCUCCUGCAGCCAGGCCAAACUCCUCCCCCCUGCCCCCUCUGUCCCCGCCCCCUUGCAUCGGGGGUGCCUGGCCCCCUCUGGUUAUUACCCCUGUAGUGUGGAUUACAGCACUGGAGCCAGAGGGGACCAGCACUUCCCAGCGCUUGGGGGUCUCUCCUCAUCUCACCUUUGCACCAAUCCUUUGCACCUAAAUGUUGAGCGCACAGUUUGUCUGAAGGGCACGCACUACUGCAGAGAAUGUCUGAGAAAGCCUGUCGCGGACGCAGAGAAAGUUUGGCCCAACAUCCCCCCGCUCCCCAGCCAGUCUGUCGCUGUGCCCGUUCCCAUGUGCAAUGGCUGUGGUGUCCCCGGUGCGUCGUCUGAUGGGAUGCUACUGGUCGGAUCAAACCUGGGCAAGCCAAGCCAGAAACACGGAUCCCCAGAGAGUGGCGGCCAGGAGAACCUGCCCCCCGUGGGAGUCUUCUGGGACAUUGAGAACUGCUCAGUGCCCAGCGGCCGCUCGGCCGUCGCCGUGGUGCAGAGGAUCCGCAGCCGCUUCUUCCAGGGGCACCGCGAGGCUGAGUUCAUCUGCGUCUGUGACAUCAGCAAAGAGAGCAAGGAGGUCAUCCAGGAGCUCAACAACUGCCAGGUGACCGUGGCGCACAUCAACGCUACCGCCAAGAACGCCGCGGACGACAAGCUGAGGCAGAGCCUGCGGCGCUUCGCCGAGACGCACACGGCCCCCGCCACCGUCGUCCUGGUGUCCACCGACGUGAACUUCGCCAGCGAGCUGAGCGACCUCCGCCACAGGCACGGCUUCCGCGUGGUGCUGGUGCACAAGACCCAGGCGUCGGAGGCCCUGCUGCAGCACGCGCACCAGCGCGUGGCCUUCGAGACCUUCGUGUCCGACCUGCCUCCCAGAACGCCAGCCAAGCAGCAGCCUUGUUCGAACCUGCUCUAUGUCUACAACCUGCCAACCAACCGGGAUGGCAAGAGCGUGGGCAACAGGCUGCGGCGCCUGUCGGAUAACUGCGGCGGGAAGGUGCAGAGCAUCUCCGCGGGCGCCGCCGUGCUCCGCUUCGGCAGCCAGGACGCCGCCGAGCGCGCCCGCAAGCGCAUGGAGAACGAGGACGUCUUCGGCAACCGGAUCAGCGUGUCCUUCUGCCCGCGGCCCCGCGAGGCGGCGGGGGAGGCCGCCCGGCUCCCGGCCCCCUCCGCCUUCCUCCCCGUGGAGAAGCCCCGCUCGCCCCGGCGCGCGGGGCGCACGGCCAGGCCCUGCCAGGUCGCCGAGCGCGCCCCCAGCCCCAGGAAGGGCGGCUGCGCUCCCAGGAGCCUACAGGACCUGUGCAGCCUGGAGCCCAAGGCCGCGUUCCCGCUGGAGAAGAGGAGCCGCGGCGACCAGCCGUCUCCGCAGAGUAACGGCGAAGCGGCCCCGCCCAGGAGCGCCCUCGCGGCGGACGCGGCGUACCGCGGCAGGAGGAGGGACUGCUCCACGCCCCGCAGUGUGUCCGACUCCCCCAUGGACCGCAGCGUGGGGGAGUUCCAGGUCAGCACGCCCUCCGCCUUCAGCAGGAUCAGCCUGCAGAGAACCUUCAGCCCCCUGGUGCUCUCCCAGGGCUCCUGGUCCUCACGGAGCGGAUCCCCCUGCCUGUCCAACCGCUCCUCCCCCCUCUCGGCUCCCAAUCGCAGCCCCUGCCCCGACAGCCAGCCAGAGCCCUUUUCCAACGGCGCAGACAUCCAGGUGGCCAACAUGGACUACAGGAUGUCCCGGAAGGAGCUCCAGCAGAUCCUGCACGACGCCUUCUCUAAGCACGGCCGGGUGAAGAGCGUGGAGCUGAGCCCUUACACAGACUACCAGCUGAGGGCCACGGUGCAGAUGUGCUCCCUGCCGCAGGCCAUCAGCGCGGUCAGCGGCCUGCACCGCUACAAGAUCGGAAGCAAGCGCAUCCACGUCUCCCUGGUCACCGGCGCUAACAACAAGUCCCUGGCCAUGCUCAGCUCUGAAGUCAUGAGCAUCCUUCAGGACGCCCCCGCCUGCUGCCUGCCCCUCUUUAAGUUAACUGAGAUAUACGAGAAAAAGUCGGGCCACAAGCUGGCGGUGAGUGACCUGUACAAGCUGACGGAGGUGGUGGCGGUGCGGGACCAGGGCAGCAGCCGGCUGGUGUGCCUCCUCCCCAGCAGCCAGGCCCGGCAGAGCCCGCUGGGCUCCUCGCAGUCGCACGACGGCUCCUCCGCCAGCUGCAGCCCCGUGGUGUUCGAGGAGCUGGAGUACCACGAGCCCGUCUGCAAGCUCCACUGCGCCCAGCACGGCUUCAGCGAGUCAGACUUCGACCCGGACUCCUACAAGAUCCCGUUCGUGGUGCUGUCCCUCAAGGCCUUCGCUGCGCAGGUGCACAGUCUGCUACAGAGCCACGAGGGCACGGUGCCUUUGCUCAGUUUCCCGGAGUGCUAUGCAGCAGAGUUCAGUGCCCUUAAGCUGGGAGAGGAGGGAGAGCUGGAGGGGGCCGUCCCUCUGGAGCACCUGAUCACCUGCAUCCCGGGCAUCAACAUCGUCACGGCUCAGAACGGCUUCAAGAUCAUCAAAUGGAUCCACAACAAGCCCCCUCCGCCCAAUGCAGACCCCUGGGUGCAGCGCUGUAAGAGCCCCGUGGGGAACCCGCAGCUCAUCCAGCUGAGCAGAGAGAUCAUAGACCUGAUGAAGAGCCAGCCCUCCUGCAGCAUGCCCAUCAGCAAGUUCAUCCCCUCCUACCACCACCACUUCGCCAAGCAGUGCCGCGUCUCCGACUACGGCUACUCCAAGCUGCUGGAGCUGCUGGAGGCCGUGCCCCACGUGCUGCAGAUCCUGGGCAUGGGCUCCAAGCGGCUGCUGACCCUGACUCACCGCGCGCAGGUCAAGCGCUUCACGCAGGACCUGCUCAAGCUGCUCAAGUUCCAGGUCAGCAAGCAGGUGGUGAUCCGGGACUUCAUGCAGGCCUACCACUGGUGUUUCUCCAGGGACUGGCGAGUUGUUGAGUACGGUAUGUGUGACCUGAUGGAUCUGCUGGCUGAGAUUCCUGACACCACGAUCACCAUAACCCAGCAAGACACUGACACGCUCAUCUCCAUUCCCAAGAGAGAGAGGACUCCCGAGGAGAUCGACAGAACCAAGCAGUUUGCCAAAGAGGUGGUGGACCUCCUGCGCCACCAGCCACACUGCCGCAUGUCCUUCAGCAAGUUCAUCCCGUCCUACCACCACCACUUCGGCCGCCAGUGCAAGCUCACCUACUACGGCUUCACCAAGCUGAUGGAGCUGUUUGAGGCCAUUCCUGAAGUGCUGCUGGUGCUGGAGUGCGGGGAGGAGAAGAUCCUCACGCUGACGGAGGUGGAGAAGGUGAAGGCGCUGGCGGCGCAGUUGGUGAAGCUGCUGCGCGCGCAGAAGGACUGCAGCCUCCCGCUGGGCGAGCUGCUGAGCGAGUACAGCAAGACCUUCGGCUACGGCCUGCGGCUGCAGGACUUCGACGUCAGCUCCGUGCCCGCGCUGCUGCACAAGCUCCGCCACGUCGUCAAGGUGGUGGACGGGGCGGAGGGCCGGGAGCUGCAGCUGAUCAACAGGAAGUCCAUGCGCUCGCUGACCACGCAGCUGCUGGCCCUGCUCAUGUCCCUGCCGGACGGGGCGGACUCGCUGAGCGUGGAGGAGCUGAGCCGGCGGUACGAGGAGGCGCACGGCGCCCCGCUCAACCCCUGCGAGUACGGCUUCGUCUCCCUCAGCGAGCUGCUCAAGAGCCUGCCCUACCUGGUGGAGCUGUUUGAGAGUGAGCAGGAAGGCAGGGGAGAGUGUGUGCGGUUGACCCGGCUGUACCAGUUUGCACGCAGUGUGAGAGCUCUGCUGCACACCUACCACUACCACCAGAUCUUCCUCACCGAGUUUUCUGGGGCCUUCAGCAAGUACACUGGCAGGGGGCUGCAGCCACGCUCGUACGGGUACAGCACUCUGGAAGAGCUGCUGGUGGCCAUUCCCCAGGUCGUCUGGAUUAAAGGCCAUGGACACAAGAAGAUCAUUGUUCUGAAGAAUGACAUGAAAGCACGGACGAGCCCCAACACCGGCGAGAGCCCCCAGCCAGAGGGAGAGAGAAGCGGGAGCCCGAGUGAUGCUGUGGAGCUGAGGGCUCAGAGCCCAGGUGGUAGUGGGACCGAGGCAGAGCUGCUGUGCCUGAAUUCGGGCUCUCCUGUGGACCUCCUGUGUGGGCCCGUCCCGUCCUGCCUGCCCUCCCCUCAGCUGCACCCCGACCCCGUCCUCCUGCAGCACGCUGAUCUGAUCCGCUUCGAGGAGCAGCCCCCAGCGCACACGGCAGAGAGUGAGAACGCGGACAUGGCCUCCGCGGCUCCUGACGUCUGUGAAACCAGCCCGGGCCCGAAGGAGCCAUUUCCUGCGUCUGUCGGGGAGACCCCGCCGGCCCCUUCAGAGCUGGCGAGCGCGGCCAAGCCACCGCAGCCCCCCGCCCUCAAGGCCAGCCUGACCGACAGCCCCAGCAAGAGGGCGUCUCGCAACAGAGUCAAGCUGGCGGCCAACUUCUCCCGCGCCCCUGUCACUCGCCUCUGAGCUCCGCCCCCGCCCACCUCUACCCAAAAGCCCGCAGGUGCGGAUGCAGGCGGCGCUUCAUCACACUUUGAGUUGGCACUUAGCGGUGGUUUUUUCUGGCCUGUUGAAUCUUCACGUGUAUUCUGCGCUGUUUUCUUACUGUUUCGCUGUGUAUGUUUAGCGUUUAGUUUGAGUAUUUGUACACUGUCAUAUGGGGGGGUUUUUUUAUUCGAUCUGUCGGCUUGGUCUUGGGACUCUGUUGUUAAAAGGCUUCCUGGUAGGAUGCCUCUGCAGAUUUUCAGUUUUCAAAGCAACAUGCUUUCUGUUGCCGUAUGGUGCCGUAUGUCUAAAAGAGACACGAUUGCUUAAGAUGAUUGAGUAUUUAUCUCUAUAUUGUUUUAAACCAUGUAGUACAAAGGAAUACUGAAGGAAACUGGGCAAACCAGUGCAAAAAAAAAAGUAUUACAGAUGAGUUGGUUGUAACUGCAAGGAGGCGCAUCAUGAACUCUUAUCCAUUAGGCUGUGGAGAACAGGCUCCCUUUUCCCCAUCUCAAAAUGCCCCCCCCCCCCCCCCUUGAGGAAUUUUGGAUUUUCACAAACACCUGGAUUGAGCCUGAAAACUGGGUCUGUUCUGUUGAUAUUAUAUGGAAUAAUGCUUUUGUUUUAAACCUCAGUGUUCCACGGGCCCCCGUGCUGCAAGGUGGCCUCAAACCAAUGAAAAGCUUCUCAUCUGUUUUUGUCACCUACUCUCAGGGAUAUAAUGGAAUGCACAGAAACAGACUGAUGCAAAGCAGCGGCGACUCGAGCAGGGCUGCGUUUAUGUAUUUAUAGAGUAUUCAUAGGUUUCGUAAGGUGUUGACAAUUCUAAGUAUGAAGAUUAUUUUCUAAACUGCCACGCCCCUCUUCUGUUGUAAUCUUUUCUUUUAGCUUACAAUGGAGCAGCAAGGAAUAGUUGAUUUACUCUAGAAUUCUUUAGAGUCCCAGAUUUUCCCCUGGCUUGGAAUUAAAUGAAUGGGGGAAAAAACACCUAUUUUUGGGUGUUUUCUAGGCCUUCAUCUUGGGUCAUUUGAUUUAUUAAUGCAGCCUUUUGAUGUAAUCAGGAUCCACGAAGACAUGGCUGCCCAACUCCUGGUGAUCUGCCGCCCUGUAGGUUCUCUCUCCAACUCAGACAAAACCGGAACAGCUAGAUAUCUUGCUGAACUGCUAAUUAGUAGAACCAGGCUUGCCAAAUUAGGGUUGCGCUGAAGACCUCCAGGAUGGUAGAUCUGCGGUUACAGGGAUGGGGGCAGACCUGCGUGAAGCCAGCGCGUGUAGCACUGUGUUUGGGUGGUCUGAGGACACAGCUCACUGACGGAGCGUGUGUUGAGGUGUGCUGUUAUUGAGGCUGUUGCUGUGCGCUUCGCUCCGUGACGGCGGGUGCCGUGGAGGCAGUCUGCGCCUCUGUUCUCGCAGCCAUUUGGAGUCUGCCUUCAUGGGGCCUUCGCUUCGGGCUCCAGGGCCCGUGAGCCGGGGAAGGCCCAGCGCCUCCCCGUUAGCGGCCGCGAGCCGAGCGCUAACUCGCCGUCUUCGCUUCCGUUUAGAGGAGCCCCUGGACUUGGACUGCGGUUUACACCUCCGGCGAUGGUGUGAAAUAUGCACAUAAUGCAUAAAUCAUUUUAUGCAUGGGCAGACUGAAGGGAAGCUGUGUUUGUAAGUGGUAGAACCCGUGUAGGUAAGCCACGUUUUUAAUUACGUUGUGAGCGCCAUUUCCACAGAACACGACACCGACAAAGGAUUACGUGCGUCUCCUUUCACGGUCCCUGUGGAAGUGUCAAGGUUGUUUGCUUUAACCUUGUUGGUUUGCCUCUCUUUUAACGGAGCAAAAAAGCAAGAGGUUACCUUUUUGUGUUGGUGUUGGGAGUGCUUGAUUUGCAGAGGAGCCGAACGCUCGCUCGCUUUACUUUUAGCAAUAAAACGGCUGGUGUUUUUAGCGGUGUCGUCCGAGCGGGGCGGAGCUGGACGUGAACUGCCCGGGGUGGAACACCGCCGCGGGGCCCCCAGCGGCCCCGGGGGGCAGAGGGACGGACAGAGGCCCUCGGAGGUUCUCUGGACAGAGCCUGGCUUUUACAAUGGCUUGUAUCGGCCACGGCGCACGUGAGAGCGACUGGAGCAGUUCUCCAUCUCGUGCCCGCGCGGUCUGCCGUAUAUUUUUUUUUUAGUCGUGUUGUCUGUCCUUUUUUGUGAAACGGAAGCCGCAUCCCGCCCGUCGGAGCGUUGCGUGUGCGGCGUACAGAGUGCGCAGUCACGCAGUCUUCCUGUGGCUGCGCAGGACUGGAGAGAAGCACGCACUGGGUUCUGAAGGAAGACUGAAAUUCGUAUGUUGCUUUUUGUGUGCCGGGAAUCCGGAUGACAAUCUGAAAUGGGCAAGAGCCCAUGAGGUCCAUCUGUUCAUCGAAGGCUUGCUGUUUUCCACAUGUCCCCGAAGACCCGUUUGUUCUUCAGCAUUUGUGUAUCCCUCUUUCCAGCCCAAGUUAGUUUAUUUACCAUUGGACUUCAGUUUGUGACGCGAGAAUUCUUGCAGUGUUAUAGGCCUUAUGCUAGAUGAUGACUUUGACAUUAAGAAUAAGGGGAAGAAAUCGCCCUGAAAUGGUUUCGGAUUCCAAGAGAUUCCUGUCACCUGAGACGCUGGGUGUCAAACAAAAUCUGAUGAGAAUACGAGAGAUCUUCAGAUAUUUAGUUAGUUAUUUAAAGAAUUUUAAGACCAGCUUUUAAUUGAUGUCAAAACCCUGUUUCUUAGUUUCUUUGAGAGUGGGGAUACCCACAGCCAAGACUGAAAACAAUUUGCCUUAAAUGAUGCAUCUAAGCUCUUAGCUGGACAUUAGCAUUACAUUUUCUCUAAAACAAAAGCUGUGUACUUAGUCGCAUAAAUUAUCGUGUCCCCUCGUUGCAGUUACAACUGGACUCGAACGAAAAUAGAUGAUUUUACAUUGUUGCAUGCUUCCAGUGAAUGGAAAGCUCGACCUACACUUUGCGUAUGCACUUUUGCAUAAUUUCGGUUGAUUGAUUUAGGGUAAAAUCCUGCAUUGUGAUUUGACGAGUAAAAAAGUGAAACGUCCUGAGUAUUUGAGACCCCUGAGACCCCGCUGCGUUCCCCAGAAUGACUGUGUUCAGAUGUGCGGCUGCCUGUGUCGACUCCUCCCCUGCAGGGUGAGGACCCUCUGGCAGCCCGCAGCUGAGCACGCACAUGCUUUGGUUUGCACUCUUAUUUGGCGCUGCUCUCGUCAGCAGAACCCCGUCGUUCACGUGGAAACCCUUCCAAAUUGUCACCGUUUUUUUUUUUUGUUUUUUUUUACGUAGAUGACAUCACAGCUGCACACUUGUCCUUUGUGUACGUUUCUUCCCCCCCCCCAUAUUCCCCAUAGAUGAGAAGUUGCCAUAGGAGUUUGAUUUUUGUGAAGGGACCAAAUGAUUUAUGUAAUAAAUCUCACCUCAAGCAUAA